AUGGAGCUCAGUCAACUUCCUCUUGUGCUCUUGCUGAUUUCAAACAUCCACUCAGGACACACUGAAGUUAAAGUCCAGUUAAGUGUUUCUCCUCAGAAGUGGUUGACUGAAGGAGAUCCAGUGACUCUGAUCUGUGAGGUUAAAGGCUCCUCUACAGGCUGGACAUUCAGCUGGUUCACUGAAACUGUAACUGACUCAUCAGACUUCAAAGAUCGUUAUAAGCUGCUCUCAGACAGCAGCAGAGGAGCUGGAGGAAAAUACACUGUCAGUUCUGCUACUGUAAAUCACACUGGAGUUUAUGUGUGUGGAGCAGAGAGAGAAAAAACAGCCUAUAAAUCAUUGUACAGCAACACACAACCACUGUGGGUCACUGCUGUAAUUGUCUUGUCAGGUGUUUCUCCUCCAGUCUCUCUGAUCAUCAGUCCCAGCAGAACUCAACACUUCAAAUUAGUCUCUCUCUCUCUGAGCUGUGAGGACCAGAGUAACUCUGAUGGAUGGACAGUCAGAAGAUACACAGACAGUUGGGGUUGGCUGGAAGAUUGUUCAUUAUCACGCUGGGGAUCACAAACAGGAUCUACAUGUACAAUCAGCUCCACCAUCCCAGAGGACACUGGAGUGUACUGGUGUCAGUCUGAAUCUGGAGAGAAAUAUCAUCCUGUUAAUAUCACUGUACAAACUGCUGUGAUUCUGGAGAGUCCUGUUCAUCCUGUGACUGAAGGAGAUACUCUGACUCUACGCUGUUUAUAUCAGUUUCCACCCCCAUCAAUCCUCAGAGCUGAUUUCUAUAAAGAUGGAUCACUUAUCCAGAAUCAAACUACAGAGAUGAUCAUCUCUACUGUCUCAAAGUCACAUGAGGGUUUCUACUACUGCAAACACCCAGAGAGAGGAGAGUCGCCCAAGAGCUGGAUCUCAGUCAGAGCUGCUGUGAUUCUGGAGAGUCCUGUUCAUCCUGUGACUGAAGGAGAUAGUCUGACUCUACGCUGUUUAUAUCAACAUAGAAACCCUUCAAUCCUCAGAGCUGAUUUCUAUAAAGAUGGAUCACUCAUCCAGAAUCAAACUACAGAGAUGAUCAUCUCUACUGUCUCAAAGUCACAUGAGGGUUUCUACUACUGCAAACACCCAGAGAGAGGAGAGUCGCUCAAGAGCUGGAUCUCAGUCAGAGUUAAAGUCCAGUUAAGUGUUUCUCCUCAGAAGUGGUUGACUGAAGGAGAUCCAGUGACUCUGAUCUGUGAGGUUAACGGCUCCUCUACAGGCUGGACAUUCAGCUGGUUCACUGAAACUGAAACUGUCUCAUCAGGGAGCAAAGAUCAUUAUAAGCUGCUCUCAGACAGCAGCAGAGGAGCUGGAGGAAAAUACACUGUCAGUUCUGCUGCUGUAAAUCACACUGGAGUUUAUGUGUGUGGAGCAGAGAGAGAAAAAACAGCCUAUAAAACACACAGCAACAAACAACCACUGUGGGUCACUGGUGUUUCUCCUCCAGUCUCUCUGAUCAUCAGUCCCAGCAGAACUCAACACUUCUCAUCUGUCUCUCUCUCUCUGAGCUGUAAAGACCAGAGUAACUCUGAUGGAUGGACAGUCAGAAGAUACACAGACCGUUGGGGGCUGGAAGACUGUUCAUCACCAGUGUUUGGAUCACAAACAGGAUCUACAUGUACAAUCAACACCACCAUCCCAUCACACACUGGAGUGUACUGGUGUCAGUCUGAAUCUGGAGAGAAAUAUCAUCCUGUUAAUAUCACUGUACAAAUUGUAGCUGGUGUGAUUCUGGAGAGUCCUGUUCAUCCUGUGACUGAAGGAGAUAAUCUGACUCUACGCUGUUUAGAUAAGUUUGCAGACCCAUUAAUCCUCAGAGCUGAUUUCUAUAAAGAUGGAUCACUCUUCCAGAAUCAAACUACAGAGAUGAUCAUCUCUAAUGUCUCAAAGUCACAUGAGGGUUUCUACUACUGCAAACACCCAGAGAUUGGAGAGUCACUCAAGAGCUGGAUCUCAGUCAGAGUUGGUGUGAUUCUGGAGAGUCCUGUUCAUCCUGUGACUGAAGGAGAUUCUCUGACUCUACGCUGUUUAUAUAAACAUCCAAACCCAUCAAACCCCAGAGCUGAUUUCUAUAAAGAUGGAUCACUCAUCCAGAAUCAAACUACAGAGAUGAUCAUCUCUACUGUCUCAAAGUCACAUGAGGGUUUCUACUACUGCAAACACCCAGAGACUAAGAAAGAGUCGACCAAGAGCUGGAUCUCAGUCAGAGAAAGACCAAAACCCAAAGUGAUCAUUAAACCUGAUCAACAUGUAUUCAGUGGAGAGACAGUCACUCUCAGAUGUGACAUUGAUGUUGAAAGAGUCACUAGAUGGCGGUUCAACUGGUAUAAAGAAGGUUCAACCAGUGUUUUCAGUGAACUACAGGAACACACAUUCAGGUCUGUUAAUGAGUCUGAUGCAGGUAAAUACUCCUGUAAUGGAUCAGACACUGAAGGAUCACGCAGAUCAAACAUCAGUGAUGAAGUUACACUGACAGUAUCAGUUGGUGUGAUUCUGGAGAGUCCUGUUCAUCCUGUGACUGAAGGAGAUACUCUGACUCUACGCUGUUUAUAUCAGUUUGCAACCCCAUCAAUCCUCAGAGCUGAUUUCUAUAAAGAUGGAUCACUCAUCCAGAAUCAAACUACAGAGAUGAUCAUCUCUACUGUCUCAAAGUCACAUGAGGGUUUCUACUACUGCAAACACCCAGAGAGAGGAGAGUCGCCCAAGAGCUGGAUCUCAGUCAGAGCUGGUGUGAUUCUGGAGAGUCCUGUUCAUCCUGUGACUGAAGGAGAUACUCUGACUCUACGCUGUUUAGAUAAGUUUACAAACCCAUCAAUCCUCAGAGCUGAUUUCUAUAAAGAUGGAUCACUCAUCCAGAAUCAAACUACAGAGAUGAUCAUCUCUACUGUCUCAAAGUCACAUGAGGGUUUCUACUACUGCAAACACCCAGAGGAAGGAGAGUCGCCCAAGAGAUGGAUCUCAGUCAGAGCUGGUGUGAUUCUGGAGAGUCCUGUUCAUCCUGUGACUGAAGGAGAUACUCUGACUCUACGCUGUUUAUAUCAGUUUCCACCCCCAUCAAUCCUCAGAGCUGAUUUCUAUAAAGAUGGAUCACUCAUCCAGAAUCAAACUACAGAGAUGAUCAUCUCUACUGUCUCAAAGUCACAUGAGGGUUUCUACUACUGCAAACACCCAGAGGAAGGAGAGUCGCCCAAGAGCUGGAUCUCAGUCAGAGAAAGACCAAAACCCAAAGUGAUCAUUAAACCUGAUCAACAUGUAUUCAGUGGAGAGACAGUCACUCUCAGAUGUGACAUUGAUGUUGAAGGAGUCACUAGAUGGCGGUACAACUGGUAUAAAGAAGGUUCAACCAGUGUUUUCAGUGAACUACAGGAACACACAUUCAGGUCUGUUAAUGAGUCUGAUGCAGGUAAAUACUCCUGUAAUGGAUCAGACACUGAAGGAUCACGCAGAUCAAACAUCAGUGAUGAAGUUACACUGACAGUAUCAGUUGGUGUGAUUCUGGAGAGUCCUGUUCAUCCUGUGACUGAAGGAGAUACUCUGACUCUACGCUGUUUAAAUAAGUCUGCAACCCCAUCAAUCGUCAGAGCUGAUUUCUAUAAAGAUGGAUCACUCAUCCAGAGUCAAACUACAGAGAUGAUCAUCUCUACUGUCUCAAAGUCACAUGAGGGUUUCUACUACUGCAAACACCCAGAGAGAGGAGAGUCGCCCAAGAGCUGGAUCUCAGUCAGAGCAUCAGGAUCUGAUGGUCUGAUAAUUGGAGUGACUGUAGGACUGACAGCUGUAUUUUUGAUCGUUGUCUUCUUGGUCCUGCUGUGGCGCUUCAGAAACAACAAAGGUGGAAGACCUGAGUCUCCCUCUGCUGUCAGUCAACAGCAGAACAUCAGUCAGACAUCAGAGCAGAACCAGAGUGAAGCCGGAUACAACACACCGCUGUCUGGAACUGCACAUGUCUAUGACUCAGUUGCUAUUAAUAAAGACAUAAGCACAGACGGUGUAAGUGAGAUCACAUAUGCUGAGGUUGAACUCAAAUCUACAAACAAACAGAAGAAAGAGAAAGAAAACAAAGACAAAAACACUGAGAGUUGUGACGUCCUGUACUCUAAACUGAAGCUGGAAACAGAUCAAGGUGCUGGAUCUAGUGAGGCGACAUAUGCUCAGGUUAAAUAAAUGCCCGGAGGAGAAACUUCAAUCCCAGGAUGCUGAUGAGUUUACUGAAGGAUCACUUGAAGGCAAUAGAUUUACCAGAACUGACUGUAAUAUUAGUAAGCCUUCAUGUGCUUCAGAUACAACCCCAAUUCCAGAAAAGUUGGGACAUUUUGUAAAAUGCAAUAAAAUUAAGAAUCUGUGAUUUGUUGAUUCUCUUUAACAUUUAUUUAACUGACAGUUGGGACAGAAGCAUGUUUACCACUGUGUCACAUCACCUUUCCUUUCAAUUACAAUUUUUAAUCAUUUGCGAAAUGAGAAUACUAAUUAUUCCAAUUUUGCAAGUGGAUUUUUUACUCAAUCUCACCUGAUACAAGUCAGCUGCUCAACAGUCUGUGGUCAUCUUUGUCUGAUUCUCCUUUUCAUGAUGGACCAUUUUCAAUAAGAGACAGAUCUGGACUGCAGUCAGUCAGACACAUCCACUGUACGGUGUAGAGUGUCUAGAAACCACUCUUAUGUACAGAAUGAGGCCUGGCUUUGUCGUGCUUCCCAGGAAAGAUGUCAUAUUGAUGGCAGUUUAUGUCUCUGUACAAUCCAAAUAUAUGCGUCCACGUCAAUGAUUCCUUCACACAAAUGCAAGUCACACCUAUAUCAUGACAGAUGCUCCCUUUCGUCUUUGGGACUGAGAACUCAAUGUCUGUUUUUUUUCCAAAAACAAGCUGAAACAUGGACUCUGACCACAGCACACAUUUCCACUGUCUUUUGGAUCAUCUGAGAUGAGCUUGGGCCAGAGAACUCUGUGGCAUGAAACUCUGUUUCUCAUGCAGUGCCAUCUGAGGGUUUGAAGGUCACACACAUUUAACAGAGGUGUCCUACCUUGCCCUAUACAGACUGAGAUUUCUCUUGAUUCCCUGAAUCUUUUUACAAUAUUAUGUAUGGUAGAUGGUGAAAGACAAAUUAUUUGCAAUCUUGCAUUGAGAAAUGUGAUUUUUGAAUUGUCCGACAAUUCUCUCAUGAUAUUUGGCACAAAGUGGUGAGCCAUGAACCAUCUUUUCUUGCAAAGACUGAGAAGCUCUUUUACACCCAAACAUUAUACCCUCACUUAUUACCAAUUCAUCUGCUGAUUGUGGACUGUUAAAAAAAAAACAGUGUAACUUGAUUAUAAUCUUUUCACUUUUAUUUUGCCUCUGUACUAACUUUUUUGGAGUGUGUUGCAGCCAUCAAAAUCAAAAUUUGUUUAUAUUUACAAAAUACAAUUAUAUUGGUCAGUGAAAACAUCAGAAAUCUUUUCUUUGUACUUUUGUCAGUUUCAAAGAUUCAAGGGAAUUAACAAAUCACAGAUUAUGGUUUUUAUUGCAUUUUACAAAAUGUCCCAUCUUUUCUGGAAUUGGGGUUGUACAAUGUUAAUCUCUGAAAAGCAAUGAGAUGAUUAUUCAUUAGAAAAAAGUCAACGUAUUGGUUAAUACCAGCAGCAGCAGCUGAUCAUUUGACAACUGAGGGAACAGAAUAUUCAGUGAAAGACUAUUUCUUUUUAGACUGUUGAGUAAGUGACCAAGUUUCCUUUUUUCUUUUCUGUCUUCUUGGUUUAAAUGUAUUUCUAUAGGUUCAUAUGAUCAUGGACAUAUCACCGAAUGUUAAAAUUGUGAUUUUCAGGUCCAGAAAAGUUUUCUUUAAACGUACAUGUACAUAGCCUAGUGAAACUACUUUUUUUUCUAGCUAUGCUUAAAAUAUUCCAUUGUCUAGAAAUCUAGAAAUAGCUCUUUGUGCGUGCAGUCUUAAAAAACCUUAUACAGUAAUCACAAACAAAUGAGGAAAAAAACAACAACAACAUCGAAAUACAUUAGUCACAAUGUUAUAUAGCUUGCUUGUUUGUCUUGUGCUAUUUAUGUUCUUUUUUGUUUUUGUUUAUUUGAGUGUAUCAGAAAUUGUUUCUCGGUAUUAUAUACACUGCUGUUCAAAAGCUUGGGGUAAGAUUCUUAUAUAUGUAUAUAUAAUCAGGGGCAUUUCCUCCAAGGAGGCAAGGGAGGCAGUGCCUCCUCAAAAAAAAUAGGAUGAGAAAAUAAUCCAUAUUACAUAUAAAAGAACACAAAUAUUACAAUUACGACAUUAAAAAGAGUGCAAGUCACUCGUAUUUCUUAAGGAACACUGCCCAACAGCGACACCCGCAGGUAAAGUUACAGCAGGAGUCAUGCCUCCCUUUGCUCUCAUAGAAAACCAUAGAAAAUCAUCAGACCCUGGCGUGCGGUGGGUUUUGUGGGGGUAAUUGAGAAUGAAUGGGGGAAAGUCACGUGUGAGUAGGCAAUGUCUCCAUUGCGCUGUGAUUGGAUGUAAUUGGUUAUGAUUGGAUAUGAUUGGUUUGUGCGAUAAAUCCCGCCUCUUGUUUACGAGCACGUUCCGCGCAUCAGUUUGAAUGAACAAAUAAUGGCGUCAAUGGGAAGACUAAUUGAAAAGUAAGUAAACAGAUCACCCAGUUAGAUAUCACCGCUUUAUGUCACGUCAAAAUCAAAUUUGAAAUGGACUGAGAAUAUGAUUUUUAGUGCAAUCAGCUGGUGAAAUUAAAAAUACAUCUUCGUGUCUGUGACAGACGGUGUUUACAGAGCAUGACUGAUGAUCCAAAAUAGACUAAGUUGACUAUUAAAAAGAAAAACAUCAAUACACAAAUAAAAUAUAUUGUUUAAAUUA